AUGGGUCUUAGAGGUGUGCAGUUAGGCCUUAGAGCCUGGGAGUUCUUAUGGUCCCUGCUCAUUAUGGCCCUCAUCGGUAACAUGAUCGCCGAAGCCUUCUCCGGGAACCCUGCGACCGUGAACUACUCAAUCUACACAGCGGUGUUCUCAAUGUUCUCGCUGAUCUACCUGAUCCCGGCCUCGUUCAACAUCGACUGGGCCGGCCACCCGAUCAUCAUGAUCGUCCUCGACGCACUGAACUGCGUCUUCUUCUUCUGCGCUGCCAUCGCACUCGCUGCGAAGCUGGGGUGCCACUCCUGCAACAACCAGGACUACCUCAAGAGCAAUGAGAUCACCAAUGGCUCAAACAACAUGACCAAGCGCUGCCGUGAGGCCCAGGCCUCUGUUGCUUUCCUCUGGUUCGCUUGGGCGGGCUACAUGGCCUCUGUCAUCGUCUCUGUGUUCAUCUCCCGUUCUGCUGCCGGCCCCUCACGCAGCCGUACUGGCAGCCGCCGGGGUGGCCGCCCCAACAUGACCCAGGUUUAA